AUGUGUCAUCAACGUGUCUUCAUUCAUGAGCAUUGCGAUUGUGUCUGGGAAAAGUAUAGCAGUCUUUGCGAAGAGCACAAUACACCUGGUCACACUAUAGAGGAUUGGCCCGUCUUAGUCGACAAACCGUGCGAUGUGCAUCCCGGAGGCACCCCGCUCAGUUUAGCCUACUUUCUCCGAGCUGCUGAGUUCGCGUCCCUUGAGGACGAUGACUCUAGCACGGAUGAUACAAUUUCAAGCUCGAACGUUCAGUCUGAUGGAACCAACGAAUCAGAUGACGAGCCACAAGUCGACGUCCAAAAGGAACAAAAGAGAGAUCGAUCCGCUACAUGCGACAAUUCGGAUCACUCUCUUGCCGACGAAGAUGCUCAUCGGCUCCAUGACGAUACCAGCAUACCCGAUCAGCAACUCUUUGCAGACUCCUUAUGCAUUUCAAAUGCAACGGAUGAUAAGACCGAGCUGCUUUCUGGCCUUCAGUAUUUCCGAUACGACGGCGAGAAGAAGACGACCCAGUUCAUAGCCAACGCUAUCAAGGCACGGAAUACUGAAGUUACUUUGUCCGUUGAUUUAGGCCAAUCAAUCAAGUCAGUAUAUCAGUCACUUCCUGUUGCAGCGGAUGAAAUUCGUGUGAUCAAGUUGCAGCCGGCGCCCUCCCUUCUUGCACCAAUUACUGCUGAACUUGUCAUACUGAAACUGGGCGGCGGCUCCUCGCAUUACGACGCUUUGUCUUAUCGCUGGGGAGACUGCUUGGAUCCGGUCAACAUCACUAUGAAUGGCAUAUGCAUGAGUGUUACACAGAGUCUGGACACUGCACUGCGCCAUUUGCGCCAUAGUAAAGAGGAAAGAGUUGUAUGGGCCGACAGCGUCUGUAUCAACCAGGAAGACAUGAAAGAAAAGUCUAUUCAGAUCCAGAAGAUGGAUGAGGUCUACCGCGACGCAAGUUGCGUCAGGAUCUGGCUAGGAGAAGCACAGGGCUCUACGGAGGCUGCCAUGGCUCUUCUGAACAGCUGUGCUGCUCUAAACAACAAGACAGAAGCCACUCAGAGAGUCCUCGAGGAUGAUUCAGGCAUCCGCGGGUUGACCGAGUUGUUACUGCGGCCGUACUGGUCUCGCAUGUGGGUGUUCCAAGAAAUCCUUCUUGCGAGGCGCGCAGAAGUUCAUUGCGGAACCCUUUCUGCGGACUGGUGGACCGUCAAGACAUUGGACAUUCUUACCAGCAAUCCCACCCUUUGUACUGUGCCAGAAACUCGUGUGGCCUUGGUCGGCAACAUGCGUAAAGCAUUCAUGAAUAUUGCACAUUUCAACAUCCCGUCAAGCCAACCCAAGAGCAUCGAAAACCUGUUGUUUCCAACCAGUCACCUUCAAGCCUCGAACGAUCGAGACAAGCUUUAUGCGCUCAUGGGUCUUUGCAACAUUGAGGCCUAUUUAACUGUCGAUUACUCAAAAGCCACCCGGGACAUUUACAUGGAUUUUACUCGGCGUUAUGCUGAGCGGACUGGCGAUCUUAGCUUGCUCUAUGGCGCAGGUCUGUGUCAAUCUGAAUCGGCUAGAGGCGAGAAUAUCGGUCUUACCUCAUGGAUUCCAGACUUCCGUGGCAUAGAUGGCAGAGACCCAUUCCUACUCUCAGCUGGGCUUUCCAAGGCUUUUGAUGCCUCUGCCGGAAAUAGGUAUACGGAAAGAAGGCAAGACGAGUCUGAGAUGGACUUAAGAGAUGAUGGUCUCCUGGUUGAAGCUCUCGUGGUCGAAAAAGUUGUAAGGACGCAGUCACUCGACGUCAGCGAUUCCGGACGCAGAUAA